AACUGCGCGACAACGCCAUCUUGUUUACUAAUCUCGCUGACAUAAGCGUCACUUCGUGGUUUUUGUCGAUUUUUCGAUCAAAGUUUCUCAAGAUCCAUCAUUUUAUCGUAAAAAUAUUACUAUUAGAGCGGGUUGCGGUGAAGAAUUUUUUUUAGUUCGAGUUCUAGGUUAAGAUGAGUGUCAUUAUACGCCUACAAAACUUACCGUGGUCUGCUAAUGCUCUCGACAUACGUCAAUUCUUUCACGGAUUAAGCAUUCCUGAGGGAGGAGUUCACAUCGUUGGUGGAGAACAAGGCGACGCGUUCAUCGCUUUCAGUACUGACGAAGACGCUCGCCAGGCCUUUGCACGCAACAAUGGCAAAAUCAAAGAAAUCCAAAUCAGCCUCAUGCUCAGCUCCCGAACCGAAAUGCAAAAAGUCAUCGAAGCGGCACGAGCCCAAUCCUACGCCGCAUUCAUGCAAAACCCCACUCCGAUGCCGGCCGCCGUCCCCGCCAUAAUCCCCUCAGCAGUCCCCGAACUCAAAAAAGAGAACAGCAAAGACCGCGACACCAAAGACAAACGCGACCGCAAACGCUCCCGCUCGCGGUCCCGCGACCGCAAAGACCGCGACCGCCGGCGGUACAGGGACAGGAGCAGGUCGCGGUCCAGAGAGCGGCGCGAACGCCGCCGCAGAGAGCGGAGCCGCAGUCGGGGCCGCUCCCGCUCCAGAGACCGCAAAAACAGGGACAGGAAACGCUCGGCGGACAAUUUCAACCAGAAAGACCCGAAGAAAAUGCCAGAGGUGUGGGCCAACCCCAACUCCAACGACAGUAUUCCGGCAGCGCCGCUCCCGCCGAGUUUAUUCGGGAACUUUCCGGGGAAUCUGGACGACGCGCGACGGAACUUGAACGCACUCACGGGGCAAGUUGGCAAUAACACCAACGGGAGGAGUAAUAAUUUUCCGGGGUGUAACAAUUUCGGGAUGAACAGGGUGAGGGAUAGUUGGCCGCCACAGAACGUGCCGAAUGAUAGCAAUGACGAAGGGUUUCUUAACCGAUCGGAUGACGGGCUUGAUGCGAGACAGCGUCCAGGCCCAAACUUCCAAAACCGUCGAUUUCCCCGCAAUAACAAUUUCCCACACCCUGAAGACGAGCAGCAAUUCCAAGCGGAACGCGAACCUUUGGCCGACUGUUGCGUUCGAUUGCAGCCCUUUUAUGGGGGCUACGGUGACAUUAGACGCUUCUUCCAAGGCUCUUUCAUCAGUAACGUGGGAAUCAAAUUCAUCAAUGACGAUUUCGGCCACCGAACUGGCAUUGUCUACAUCCAGUUCGGUCACCCACUGGGCAAAAACGAAGCGUUGCGCAAAAACGGCGAAGUGUUAAAUGGGGUCAAAGUCGAGGUGGCGCACAUCGACGACGAGGAAUUCGACGAGGCUGUGGACCGCUACCAACCGGAGAACUUCCCCCAGAGCGUGGACACCAACAAAUUCCGGAGCAAAAACAUUACCAAAUACUUCAACAAACCGGAGCCGGAGUUGGAAGUGUUCUCGUGCUUGACGGUUGACGAUCUACCAACCUAUGUCAAAGAACAGGACAUCCUCAAGCUAUUUUCCCCACGGCCGCUCCUUGCACUGUUCCUCACACCGAAACCACGUGGCGGUCACAUCGCCUACGUCAAGUUCGGGUCGGUCGAAGAAGCCAAAAAGGCGCUAGAGGAGAACAUCAACCACAAAGUUGAAGGCAAACCUGUCACGAUCAAACCGUGCGAUGACCGCGAGUUCGAGAACAUAAGCCAGCAACACAACGUCGAUUUGGAGUGCAAACCCAGCCCCCUACCCCAACUAGACACCGACUGUAUCAACCUAACCCGUCUGCCGCUCCAAACCAACAACAUCGAAAUCGCCGACUUCUUCUCGGACAUUGGGGUCCGACCGACAAAAAUCCACCUCAUGAGCAACCGCAUGGGGUUCACAGGCCAGGCCUUCUGCGAGUUUAAGACCAAAGAAGACGCGGCUCAAGCCCUCAAGAAAGAUAAUUCAAGUUUUGGCCCAAAUAUCGUAUCAGUUCAGCCGUUUCCGCGCGAGGAGAUGGAGCACAUCCUCCAGCAGUCUCCCGCCCCCAACGCCCCGCUUUUGCAGCCGCCCAUGAUGCCCCGGGCCCCCACCAUGAACCAGAACCGGCCGUUCUUCCCCAGGAACAGCUACGAGGGGGGCCCGCCGCGAGGGGGCCACCGGUUCAUGGGGCACAGGGCGCCCAGGCCCAGGUUUAUGAACGCGGUGCCGGCGGAUGAUGCCCCCUUGGGGUGCACGGUGUACAUGGAUAAUGUGCCGUACAAAGCGGGGACGAACGAGAUUUUGGAUUUCUUUGACGGUUAUGAUAUUACGAAUAAUGUCAGUCGGAGGUUUAAUCCGAAUAAUACGCCGAGUGCCGAGGCUAAGGUGAUUUUUAGUUCGCCGGAGGAGGCGUAUAGGGCGGUUCAAGAGAAGAACGGGCAGAAGAUUUGGGAGAGGCCCAUCUAUUUGAAGCAAGUGUAGACUGAACGAUAUUUUAGAUUGUAGUUGUUAUAAGUUUUUUUAUUGUAUGUAUGAAUGAUCACGUUCGGUUAGGAAUGUGGUUUCUUGAGUUGUAAAUUAUUGCGUUUUGAAGAGUUCUUUAUUGAAUAUUUUUAGAGCAAGUGUAUAGAAAACUGGAUAAAUGUGCAUAUUCGCGUGUAUGUAUUUAUGAACUAAUCAUAUGAAAUGAUUCAUCUCAUAAUUUUCUAUUUCUAUAAUUAAGUUACUAUGUAAAGAGUAUCCUAAUAAAAUAUGCCGUGCAUAUCUGGAAGUGUA